AACUGGUGGCCAGGUGCUAUUCAACUCGCUGAUCUGCUUCCUGACAAUCCUUGUGAUGACGCUAGACAUGUUUACGAUGCUCAUUGCGAUGACCUUCAACGGCGCCUACUUUGCUGCGGUGGUGCUGGGAUACGGCCUCGGCGCGCUGUUCUUUGGACACCUGAGGGAGAACUACCAGCGACAUCUGGCGCAGAACGGCAGCCUCCCGCCUCCGACGACGUGCGGCGGUGUAGAGACGUCGCACUGUGCUGGCGCCUACGCAUGCGAAGAUUGCGCACCGGUGGCUGGGGAGAAGAAGGUAUAAGCGGGAUGGUUGGAUGUGGUUGGAUGAGGUUGAGAGCAAGAUGGGAUGAGGUUAUUAGUUGCGGGUUGGCAAGUGAAUGCAUGCAUGCAUGCGUGGCUUAGGCAAGGCAACCAUCUUGCAUUGGCGUUGCGUCGUUUGCGUGGAAAGUGUCACGUCUGCAGUUUAGAUGCACGGGGAUGGUUGGUUGAUUGGGCGGGAAAUUAUGUGAUUAAGCUGCGGUUCUUUAUCAUGCUGUUGGACGUAUGCGACGUGCCUGGUUUGUCGCGAUGAAACUCGUGAUGUUGCGGCGCUUUAACCGCUUUCGUCCAGGUGCUACAACCCUAAAUAACUAUCCGCUUAAGAGCCCUCGAGAGGCCUUGCUUGUGCUGCAUGAGAGUCUAGCUAGGAGCCCUGCAAACCGUUGGCAGACCGUUAGUAGCGCAACCAUCAUCGUCAUAUGAAAGCCUGCGUAACAUGCGACCAGCGAUGCACUCCAAGCUAUACCUGGGUUAUAUGCUUUAUUACGUAUACCUUUAUCGGGGCUUUGUGUGGGGCUUUUCACUUAACUUUUAAGCCAGAAUGUUGUCAGCGCUAUUCGUUGUUCCGCUGCCGUUGCAGUUACCCUGCUGCUGAUGCUCGUGGGUUUGUGUACUGGGUCUCCAAUGUUCCAUAGAUGGCUAGUAGUGGUCAACUUCAUAACCAGUUGCGGUAAGGCAAUGCACGAGUUGCGGUGUUAGCUGCAUGCAUGGCUGUGCAUGGCUUGGCCCCGGUGGUCUUGCUGAACGGGUUUGGUGGUGGUGAUUGGAGGGAAAGGUGUGCAACGUACGUUAAGUAACAUAUAAAGCAAGUAGGCUCGCCACCAUUGCGCUGCCGUGCUGCUUUAGUAACGGCUGAUGAGCAGUGCGUGUGUGAAAAACACCACGUGUGUUUGAAGUGGUUUAGAGUGUGUUGUCUGCGGGUAUGUAUCGUGCCUCACGUUGAUUUAUUAUGCAUUUCCAGUUGUCUGCAUGGGAUGUGCAUGAUCGGGAGACCCUGCUAUCAAGAGGCUCACGCCCAACAAGCUACAAACAAACUAACAGACUGAUAGUUGUGGAUUGUUUGCGGGGAUGGGCUUCCAUGCCGGGAAGGGUUUCGUGCUUUGGGUAGGUUGCUCUGCCGCCCUACCUUUGUAACGGUUGUUCAUCUGA